GCCAGCAGCAGCUUCUCGGGAUGCGUUCGCUCCGUCAGUCUGAACGGCGCCAUGUUGGAUCUGUCCUCUCCAGCUUCACAGCAUGAUGUCACUUCCUGUUUCACCAACGACCAGACAGGAAGUUACUUUAACGGCAGUGGAUACGCCGCCCUGAUGCGUGAUGGUUAUAAGGUGGGCUCUGAUGUGUCCGUGGCCUUCGAGUUUCGAACGAGCCAAUCAGAAGCCGUGUUGCUGGGGAUCAGCAGCGCCAAGGUGGACGCCAUCGGGCUGGAGCUGAUCCACGGACAGGUGGUGUUUAACGUGAACAACGGGGCGGGGCGAGUGUCGGUGCGUUCGAUUGGUCCCCUGCUGUGUGACGGGCUCUGGCACCACCUGGUGGCGAAGAAGACCAAACACAGCCUGAGUCUGAGCGUUGAUGGGAGGAGCUACUCCACCCCCAACCCUUACCCACAAUCCACCUCUGCUGAGACCAACAACCCCGUCUACCUGGGCGGAUUCCCAGUGGGUGUGAAGCAGAACUGCCUGUCUGUCAGCUCCAGGUUCUCAGGCUGUCUGAGGAAGCUUCAUCUCAUUAAGUCUCACCUGAAUGACGCUCUGGAGUUAAGCUCCGCCCACUUCCUGUUGGGCGUGACUCCUAACUCCUGUCCUGUUGCUAAGCAACACGUAGCUCAGCUCUGAUUGGCGGGCGGACACAACAGUUUUGUUUAAUGAAUCGGCCUUUCCUAAUUCCCGCCCCUUUCCACUCUUUUGUCCAAUCAAAAGCUUCCUUUUUACUUGUACUUCCUACCUUGUGCUACGUCUGGUUGGAGCCGGCUAGCAUAAAGCUAACGCUACAUGAAGAAGAGUUAGCACGAUUAACGUCUUUAUUAUUGUGGGAAAGUUUGAGAUCUGAAAACAUGAAUCUGUACUUCUGUAAUAAACGACGUUUAGAUGAAGGCUGUUACAUGAUGCUGUCCUCCCUCCCUCUGUAACUCUGUUUCUUCAUCAAUCAAUAAAAUACAUUCAGACA